AUGAAUAGCUAUGCCUGCUCUUUCUGGUCGCCUGACUACAUUUCUGGAAUAGACAGGCUUUCACGCCACCUGCUGCUUUCCCUCGGCCAGCUCCACGAGCUACGCAAGUUUGUCUUCAACUACAUGAAAUAUUUCCACACUAAUGGGGAGUAUCUUUCCAAUCUUGCCGAAUCGUCCUACCCAAUAGACAGUAGCUUCCGUACGUCACGUGGCCCUAGAGGGGGCCGGGUUGCGAGCGGAAUCCGGCAGGCUUCCAGAUCUGAAGAUCCGCUGAUGUACGAUAUGGACUAUGUUUUUCGCCAGUUUGUCGAGAAAACCCGCAAUGACCUGCUCCUUCAUCAGAGGGUGGCCUCGGAGAUUGACCGGCUUGUUUUGGAGAAAAUCACGGCGUUUUUGAAGCAGCACGAGCCCCAAAUUAAGAUACACGUGUCCGAUUUGGCCGAUCUUUUUGACGAAUUCAGGCUGUCUUACGAGGCCGUAGAGACAAUCAAACGAGAAUACACCACAAUUUAUCGGCUCGGAGAGUUCCUGCUUAAGCAGCCGGAGGACCAGAAUAUCUCCGCAAAUCUUGAGGCAGAAACAGACACUCCACUGCCCGAACCAGAGGAUGAAGAUCCCUCAUGCGCAUCUGGAGACAGCCUUGGAACUGGCUUUCCGUUGGUAAUCACAAGUGAUUAUCUGUUUACAGAUACCCAAUCGUUCACUGGCUUUGUGGCUGCAGUUGUGAAAGCUGUUCCCAUCACCAAAAGGAAAAUUCCGCUCCCAGGGCACCGCAACGAGAUGUUCUCCAGCGAGCAAUUGUGUGGUAUCAUGACAAGGGAAAAACCUCGCGGAUUCAAUCCUACGAGAUCAAACCUAGAAAAACUUGGCCAGGUUUUGUUGGACAUCAAAGUUCUAACGGGUACGGGAUUUUUUGCCAAGAAGUUCAGCAGCGAGGGAAUGUGGUUUGAAUGGUCUGAUAUGGCCAUUGCGAUGUCUAGAAAGAACUCAAACAGUACGUUGAAAGAAACGCCGCUGAUCACUUCCCCGAAGUUAGAGGACAGGUGGAAUUCAAUGGCAUUUUCCACGACCAAGAAGUUCAACGGGGUGUUCAAAACGAUGCAGAAUUCUCUCUCGAUGGCCAGAUUUUCCGAAGAGGACUUAGAGAACUAUGAGAAAAAGUACAAUGAAGCAUAUGUGAUCUUGCAGAAACAAAAACAUCUUCUUGAAAUGAGAAUCCUGAUGGCUUCGCAAUAUAUGGAGAAGUUUGAGAAGUUUAAGAUUGAGCUCGUUUACCAAAGCCUUACAAAACUAGUACAGGUUCUCCAAACCACCAAUUCCCAAUUUGCAACGGACCUUUCCAAGUUUUGCGUGAUGUUUGUGAACAAGUUGAACAAGCCUGAAAACUAUUCACUAGAGUUCAAGAAGGGGUUGAACACUUUUGGCACUGGCAUCUAUUUCCCAUCUCUUCUUGCGCCUGAUCAGCCAAAAAACAGACACGUGAGCACAUCACAACUUAACACAAACUUCCAAAACAUAAAGCUCAAUUUCAACUUGUUUAAAGACAUUCCACUACAGGCCAAGAUGUACGAUAUACAGCCAGAAUUUCCACUCAGCUUGCAUUCGAUUCCGAUUUUUAUGUUCGAGACGAUCAAAUCUCUAGACAGGUUCCCGCCACAGAAAGUGAGAGAUGCAUGGUCACUGCCAAUCAACUACCAGCAAUACUGGCUUAUGAAAGAUACUUUGAUCAGCGAGAUUCAAGAGUUUCAAGAAGAAAUUUCGGUGGUUCGUUCUGCAGAGUUGACAUUGUUGCUGAAAGCUAUCAGGUUUCUUGAAGAUAAAGACGUAUCCCGGCUGGUGAACUUUUUGAAAAAUUGGCUUCUCGAGAUAAGCGACUCCAUUAUACCAUCCACUGUCCAUGAGUCACUCGUUGCGACCUACAAAAUCACCAGAGAUGGCGACGAAGCAAGCACACAGAGGUUGGCAGAAACCUUGAAGAUUUUAAGCGCCAUGCCCAGAAGCAACUUGAGUUCUCUUAUUCACAUCUUGGAACAUAUAGCAGAAACCUUUGAGCUUGAUCUUCUCGAAAGAUCCGGAAACUCGGACAUUGUCAUGGAAGCUGUACCAAGUAUCAGCGAAUCCACUCUCAACAAGCUUGCUUCUAAGUUGAAUUCGUUCGGAGCUAUAGGGACCAUCCCAUUUCUCCAUCUCAUCAUGAGACCAUCGGUAGUAAAGAAUGCCGGUGGGUAUCAUCCACCGCUCGAGCAAUACAACAUGCUUCUUGGAGAUUUGCUUGCGUUGAGUACUCGCCGAAAGCUAUUUCAAGCGCUUGUGGCAAGUGAAGAGCAGUUCAUCAAACGUCAAGAGCAACAAAAGCAAAACCUUGGCAUCCCUAAAAUUCAGGAGCCAAGAGAGCGAUCUACGUCUGUGAACAAACAGCCCAUUCCGCAGAUUGGAAUCCGGGCACUAAUAAGUCCCAAUGCUUUGAACACCGAGAGUUUUGAGUUGCGGCCGUUCCGCACUGGUGCCACACCCAGGCCUUCGCCAUCAGCGUCUCCAGUGACAAAAAAGCCCAGGGAUUAA